CCCUCGUUUUUGUUAGUUCAAAUUUCAAAAACGACCCAACAACUCUCUCUCUCUUUUACAUCCACAAAAUCUCUGAUUAAACCCCAAGAAAAGCUAGGGUUUUAAUUUUCUUUUUCUGAUUCUUUUUCUUUUUUUUUGGAAAUCGAAUUUUCCAAAUUAUUGAUUUUUUAUUUUAUGAAAAUCCAUGUUAUGCUCGCUGUUGAACCGUGAUCUAGGUUCUGUUUGUAGAUCGGUGGUGGGGUUUCUUGACAGAUCGAUUUCAAGAGCAAUGGGCUGCUUUUUUGGUUGCUUUAGGGACAAAGAUGACCGCCGCCACCACGACCACCACCAUCGACACCGUUGUAGAGCUAACCUCGUCUCCGAAACUUCUCGUUCUAUACCAACGGAAGUCGUAUCACAAAAUCGUUUGUCGUCUCUAUUCUCUUCCGAAGACAAAGAAGAUUCUCCAUGUAAGGAUAGCAAAUCUGCUUGUUUUGGUUCUCCAACGAUUGAUAACGAGCUCAAAAAUGAGGCAAAGUUUUUGAAAGCUUGUGGUACUUUGGUGGAGACUCCAGUAGAAAUUCGGAAAGCAUCGAGGUUGAAUGGUUCACCCCUUCAUGAUGGAGAUACAGCAGAACAUUCAAAAUUUAAUUCAUGGCUUCACAACACAUCCAUUAAGAAGCUUCAGUUGGAGAAUCAGCCAGAUCAACCCCCCACACCCAUUAAAAUCUCUGAAGAAAGGGGCAAGGGGUCAGAUCUUUCAGAGCAUACACCUAGCAGCUGUUUAUCAAACGUACAGAGUAGUGGAAGUGUCUCUAACAGCUGUGAAGGCAGUGGAAUGAGUAGUGUUCAUAUGGCGGCCAAGGUGCAUGCUAAUGAGACCGAGAAGAUUGCAACUUUGGUGUCGCCAUGGAUUUCAGCCACAGAUCAGUGCAGAAGCAAAACUGUGCGCUUCGAAUGUGAUUUUGAUUUAUCGUCUUCCAGAGAUUCUUCAUCUGAAUAUUGUAGCCAAAAUUUAGGGAAGUCUGAAUCACCAGCUAAUCAGAGCAUAACAAAGCCUUUACCUUAUCCAACACCACUAAAGCUUUCUGAUGAGAUGCAAACACCUGGAACUGUUUUCCCCGCAAACAUGGAAAGUUUUCCAAAUGGGAAGUCUCGAAUCAGGUCCCAGUAUGUGUAUUCAGUUUUGAACCCAGUUCAAAGUUCCUCACAGUGGAAAGCACUGAAAGAAGAUGACUACAACUUCGACCAACUUUCAGAUGAGCUAAGAGAAUCUCUUGAGGAGGCUGAAAGUGCAACCCCUAAGUCAAAAGAGGGGGUAAAAGAAACUUCAUCUGGGAAGGAGCUCAAGGUGGAAGCUAGUUUAUCCUCUUGGCUGAAGCCAGUAUCAUCUAAUCAAGACCGCAAUCAUCAGAAUUUUAGGCCUCAUGCUGGUAGAACCCCCGUGGACAGACCUAUUAUUGGGAUGGUAGCUGCUCAUUGGAUUGAAGAUGAGCCCUCUCGUAUCUCACCAAAGUGGUGGGAUGGGAAUGGAAUACCAAAUUCCACCAAUAAGUACAAGGAGGAUCAGAAAGUGAGCUGGCAUGCGACCCCAUUUGAGGAGAGGCUUGAAAAGGCAUUGUCAGAAGAGAGUGUGGUAACUCAGAGGAAGCAUGCAUUUGGAAACCCUAUUGUUUUCGACGAGAACGAAGAAAGUGAUACUGCUCUUUCUCAAUUGCAAUCUUCAUCCCAUCCAAAGUCAGUGGUCACAUGUUGAUGAAUGAUGGUGGUGUAUUUCAAUUGUGUUGUUGAGUUUGUUUUACAUCUGCUGGUAUGUUAUCGGUGUUAGUUGAAGUUGUCGAAAAUCUUAUUUUGAAGUAAAAACCACAUGGAUUUUUGUGUAUGGUUUGAUCCAAAAACACAGAGAGAUGGAGCUGGUUCUGGAAAUUCUAUUUCUCAAUCCAAGUCAUUUCAGCAGCAUAUGGAACUGCUUCCAUUGUACAUAAGUAAAAUGAAAAUCCUAUCUCAGGUUUUUGUUUGACCA